UUUUGAUCUCGGAGAAGAAGAAGAAGAGCGAUGCUGAUGAUGCUGAUGAUGCUGACGGUGACGCCUCUUUGUCCCAUCGGCGCUCUUUAUUAAGGCAAAGGAACAGGAUUACACUUACUUUACCCGAGAAAUCGUCAUCUGUUUCACUGCGCGAUCCGUCCCUCGAAAACGCCGCUGGAUACAUCGUUCGAUACAUUUUGUUUCAUUUCCGAGCGCCGCGUCAUUGCGCGCGUCCGCCUGCAGCGCGCGGCUCAGAGACGAUCUGAUGUCACCGAGGCCUUUUUGGGGAGAAACAACACUGUCAGUGUUAAAGUCUUCAGAGACACAAGACUCAGUGGCGGGGCUGAAACCUUCAACACUGACUGGUGACACACGCAUAGGUCUCUGCAGGUCCUUCCCCAUGUUCAGCUCCGACAGACUCGCGGUGCCAGAGUAUGUGGGUCGGCUCCAGACGCGCAGGUCGGGCUCUGAACCCAGAGCGGUGUCCCCGGGGGUUUCUGCCGAUGUCCGGGAGGCCUUGGACAGCUCCAUCCCCCUUCUCAGAGAGGCGAUCGGAGCCCUCAAGUCGGCCAGGGACUCCUUGGAUGUGGACGCCACCCUGCGAGCCGUCGCUAAGGUCUUCCAGCUCGUGGAGGAAGCCUGGGUUCUGCCCGCCAUUGGACGCCAGGUUGCCGAGGAGAUAUGCAGUAGAAUCCGCCUGGAGGGAGGGCUGGAGGUGCUGCUGCAGCUCCUUCAAACCCCCGCCGUAGAAGUGACUUAUGAAUCUGCCAAGUUACUGGAGCAGAUUCUCAUUGCAGACAACAGGGACUACGUCGCGAGGAUGGGCCUCGGGGUGAUCCUGAACCUGACCCGAAAGCAGGACGACGCCCAGCUGGCGCGGAGCACGUCUGGUAUCCUGGAGCACAUGUUCAAGCAUACGGAGGAGACAUCAGCUCAGCUCAUAGGCGACGGCGCCCUGGACGCUCUGCUGUUCUGGUGCCGGGGCACGGACCCCACGGUGCUCCGGCACUGUGCCGUGGCCCUGGCCAACUGCGCCAUGUACGGCGGCCACCGCUGCCAGCGCUUGAUGAUCGAGAAGCAAGCGGCCGAGUGGCUCUUCCCGCUGGCCUUCUCCAAAGAGAACGAGCUCAUCCGCUUCCACGCCUGCCUGGCCGUGGCCGUGCUCGCCGCCAACCGGGAGCUGGAGAAGGAGGUGGUGCGCUCGGGGACGCUGGAGCUGGUGGAGCCCUUCAUCGCUUCCCUGGACCCCGACGAAUUCGCCCGUUGCCUGCGGGACAGCGCCGACUGCAUGCAGGGCCGCACGGCUGCCGACCUGCAACAGCUGCUCCCCCUGCUGGACGGGACGCGUGUGGAGGGGAAGUGCAUUGCGGCGUUCUACCUCUGCGUGGAGACGGGCAUCAAGCGUCGCCAGCGCAACACCAAGAUAUUCCAGGAAAUCGGCGCUGUUCAGAGCCUUAAGAGAAUCGUCAUGUACUCGAGCAAUGGCACCGCCACCGGCUAUGCCAAGCGGGCGUUGGCAAUGAUGGGUGAGGACGUCCCGCGGCGCAUCCUGCCUUCCGUGCCCAACUGGAAGUGCUGCGAGGUGCUCACCUGGCUGCAGCAGAUCGGCUUCAGCGCCUACUGUGGACGCUUUCAGGAGCUGGAGGUGGAUGGAGACCUGCUCCUCACCAUUACGGACCACGAUCUGACCCAUGACCUGGGCAUGACCACAGGCAUUACUCGCAAAAGGUUUCUGAGGGAACUGCGUGUCUUGAAGACCUAUGCCAACUACUCAACGUGUGACCCCAACAACCUGGCAGACUGGCUGGCAGGAGUGGACCCGCGGUUCCGUCAGUACACUUAUGGUCUGGUCCAGUCAGGGGUGGACCCCAAGAACCUGCUCCAAAUCAGUGACGAGCAGCUCCUGUCCGACUGCCACGUGGAGAACGGCAUCCACCGGGCCAAGAUUCUCUCAGCAACCCGACGCUCAUCCCAACCCUGCCUCACUGACUCCCAGCCAGAGGGUCCAGAUGUUUUUGUCAGCUACCGAAGGACCACCGGCUCCCAGCUGGCAAGCUUGCUGAAGGUACACCUACAGGUUCGUGGAUUUAGCGUCUUCAUUGAUGUGGAGAAGCUGGAGGCUGGCAAGUUUGAGGACAAGCUGAUCCAGAGUGUGGAGCGAGCACGCAACUUCAUCCUGGUGCUGUCAGCCAAUGCACUGGACAAGUGUAUGGGGGACCUGGCGAUGAACGACUGGGUACACAAGGAAAUCGUCACUGCAAUGAAUGGCAAGAAGAACAUCGUUCCUGUCAUCGAUAACUUUGAGUGGCCUGAUCCCAACCUGCUGCCAGAGGACAUGAGGUCCAUUCUCAAAUUCAAUGGUGUGAAGUGGUCUCAUGAAUACCAGGAUGCCACCAUCGAGAAGAUCCUUCGUUUCCUCAAGAGAAGUCGGUGCCAGGACCAGAUAGAUCACCAAGAAAAUGUCCCGGAGUCACCAGAUGCGCAGCAAGAAUAGGACUCUGGAGCCUUGGUGCACUGACUUAUUAUUUUCUGACCUCAUUCCUUUUGGUCCUACGCUACUCAGACCUACACAGAGCGUGCCCACAACCCUACCUCUGGUGGGUUGACCGGUCCUUCAUGUGGAUGUUGUUGGAAUCUCACACGCGCAGUCUGAAGCCGCUUGUCCUGAGCAGGGUCGCAGUAAGCCAGAGCGUGGCCCGGCAGUCCAGGGCACGGGAUGCACCCCGGGCGGGACGCCAGUCCAUCACAGGGCACCCGAAGUAGGACUUGAACCCCAGACCCACCAGAGAGCAGGCAAAGGCCAAGCCCGCUGUGCCUCCGCCCCCCCGUUGCUGAAAUCUUUAUGCUGAAAUGCAUGUCUCUAAGAGUAAAUGCAAAUCUAGGUGUCUGACAGUUUGCAAAUCGGACUUAUGUUAAAAAUUUACAAAAAAUAUACGAUUCGGACACCUCGUGCGUAGGUCAUGUAUGUAGCUGUGCUGAGUCCUUGUCCUCGACCUGGUCUAUAUAGCUAGGGGUAGCAUUGCUUUUUCCUCAGGGAUAUAACAGUGCAGGUCUCCUUCUUAAAGCUCCCAGUGUCCUGUGUAUAUUUUAGAAAUUCAGGAUCUUUCCCCUCGAGAUUUUGCCUUAACUCCCUCAUCACAAAGUAUAGGAGGUUGUGCCAUUGGCAUUAUGGCACUUAAUGCUACAUAUCAUUCAAGUUCUGCAUUUACCAUGACCCAGUCAAUUUUUGACAGGUGCUUCUGUGUUAUAUAGUCUAUCGAUGAGCAUUUGUUCGUGUGUUGCCGUUGUGGAGCUGAAAUUGCAUGUGCAUCAUUAAAGCUGCUUCCCUUCUAAUGCAUGACAUACGAAGCUGUACGAGUGUCGACAAGAAUUUCAGUCUUUUUAUUUCCGUAUCCUGAUGCGGCUCCUGUACCAAAGAGCAUCGGUGGAUAAGCCAGUUCUCUGUGACUGUAAUCAUUGUAAGAAGUUCAGUGACCACAGGUCGCAACUGUCCCGUGUUUUCGGUCAUGAUGAGGGGAAAGAUGUGUGAUGAAACGUGGCAGUGCGUACGAGGAUCUGAGUUCAUGAUCUGCGGAACUGGAAGCCUGAGUGGUCAAGGCAGUAACGUGUGACAGAAGAGGGCAGGAAGAGUUCAGAGAUCAGAAACUUUGCUUCAUAACCUAACAUAACUGGACAACAUGCCAACUCUGCAAAAGCUUUCCCACAGUAUUUAAAGCAGAUCUCUAAACCUCACUACUGAAAGUUACUACCUAGCAAUAGAAUUUUAACCUGACUCGUUCUUUGUAAUAAACUGGAAAUUUCCCCUCACAGUGUUUGCUUUCCUUUUAAAUAAUGUUGACAGAUGUAGAGAUCAGUGUAAAAGAAAUGCAAUACAACAAUAACUGUACAAACCCGGUGCUGAUUCAAGUAAAUGAUAUGUACAUGUAUGUAUAGUUAUGUGCAGUAUUUACAUUCUUUUAGACAUAUCAGCUAAAUGACUUUGGUAGCUACUGCACCGAUUUGUUAAAUCCGCUUGAUGCGGAACAAAGUCUCACUGUGGUUUUGCACUCGGAUGGUUCAACCGCAGCAUCUUUCACUUCAGGCCGAAUGGGGCCUCCUGUGCUCCCUGUUCUGUUGGUGGCUGCAACUGCUGAUGGGCUCUUUCCUGUUGCCUUAAAACUUGUAGAACAUGUAUGAUAUUCAGUGAGAU